AACAGGCCGCUUUUAGCGCCACCUGUUAAGACGUUUGUUUAUUAUUUAUUUUCUUUUAUGAUAAUUUUAUUUUGAAUUUAAAUUUUAAAAGAAAAUUUAAAUUGGGCUCUUAAAUUUAUUUAAUGUCCGUUGAUUGAAUUCGCCGCGACCGAGUCGCCCUCGCGUGGGAAAAAAUUUGACCGAAGCUCGAUUGCGUUCGAAACAAAAUUUAUUGCGAAUAGGAAUUUAAUUUAGCGAAUAAGUUAGUUAAGUAUUGUAUUAUUGAGAAUGGUACUACCGGCCACAAACCCGCGAAGAGAGACCAACGAGGAUCAACGACGUGGAUCAUCUGCAAGAUUGUCAACGACGGGCGGAUGUCUAUCUCGGGAACGAGCAACUGUUCCAGCCAAAAUAUCACUCAAUAAACGUCGAUAUUGGUAAAUUGGACUUGCGGCGCCAUCUCUGGAGUUCAAGGCUAACGACGGACCCAGAAAGGGGGAAGAGACGAGGAAUGCGACAUGUGCUAAUUUUUCCUUCUUCCACGUUUUUCCACUUGCCACGUGCGGAUGUAAUUUCGAUCCGGAGGAUUUUUGUUGGUUAUUUUUUUUUAAAAUUGUCUGAUUUUGAGAUUUAUUAGAACGACUAUCGUGAAAUUUCUCGCGUUUGAAAUCUAUUGUGUUUAGCUGCGAAUUUGUUUGCCAAAAAUUUAUUACGGCAUUACGACGAUAAUUGGCUGUCGCCAAUUAUUUAUUUAAUAGAAGCGAUCUAUUACGACGUUUUUUUGUUGGGUGAUCGCUGGUUGACGUGUGCAAGUGACGAACAAAAUCACCCCGUAUCUUUGCCGAGGAGGUUCAUUGUCCGAGAUAGUUCGACGUGGAAGCCGAGUACGACCUGGUGUGGCCAAUCGACGGACGGAAUUAAGCGACGUCUUCGACCAGGAUGGCGAAUAACGACGAAAUCCAACGUCGCGUGCUGGCACGUCUACGCGCUGAGAACCAGAGCCUGUUCGACGAACUGCUGGAAAGAGAAGAGCGUACAAUGCGCGCUGAGCGAUGCCGCAUUGUUGCGCUCCCGACGACACGACGAAUGCGCCUGGGAUGGUAUCAGCGUUAUCUGCUGUCCAUCCAGAUUCCAAUGGCGCCGAUCGCCGUGGGCUGGCGGUGUCCAACGUGCCGACGACCGACGUACGCAGCACAAGCGUGCGUGAGAGGAGCUGACGCGAUCCUGGCGUCCCACCUGACGCUUGUCGAACGAGUGCGCCGAGCGGAAGCAACGUUGGAGGAGUUGCUGCCGUUGGCGGAGCGGUUGAAUCGUGCACUCGCGUUUGUGCAACGUAACCCACCGCGGACGUUACUCCCAAAAAUUCCUAGAGCCCGAGCGUUAGAGAACGCUCGAGUUCUUGCCCGGGAGCUGCGAGCCAACCCCACUGUGCCAUCGCGGAGCCGAGCUGGAUGCUGGAACUGCGGGAUGCCGCACAACAUGGUGAUGUGUCCCCACCCUCGAGGCACGUUCUGCCAACGCUGCGGAGAGAUCGGCGUUUACUUCGAGGAGUGCCGCCGGUGCCAGCCCGAGUGCCCAAUCGACGGUCCCCGACGCCAUUAGAUGACACUACUGUACAGACGACGUCUGUUUGUUUGUUUUUUUUUUACUUGAGUUUUUUUUGUGUGUACUUUAUUAUUUUUUUUUAGUAUUUAUUAUUUAUCUGAAGUUUUUUUUUUUUUGGUAUGAGUUUGUAAUAACCUUUUUGAUCGUCGAGGAGAUGACUGAUAUGCGCCAAAGGCGCUGACUGAAUACGCCGAAUGGCGAUAGUGUUGCACGUGCCGCUAAGCGGAGUAAUUUAAUAAAUAAAAACUUGUUUAUUUUGGAAUUGGACGGAAAUUGAUUUUGGUUAUAUUGCUGGUGAUGGGUAGUUUAGGUUGCUGUUGGUUCCGAAGGUAGUUGUGUUGGUCCAAGCGGUACCUAGAUGAAACCAUGGGCUCCUGGUCGACGGCUGGGGGGAGGUGUUGUAACAGGCCGCUUUUAGCGCCACCUGUUAAGACGUUUGUUUAUUAUUUAUUUUCUUUUAUGAUAAUUUUAUUUUGAAUUUAAAUUUUAAAAGAAAAUUUAAAUUGGGCUCUUAAAUUUAUUUAAUGUCCGUUGAUUGAAUUCGCCGCGACCGAGUCGCCCUCGCGUGGGAAAAAAUUUGACCGAAGCUCGAUUGCGUUCGAAACAAAAUUUAUUGCGAAUAGGAAUUUAAUUUAGCGAAUAAGUUAGUUAAGUAUUGUAUUAUUGAGAAUGGUACUACCGGCCACAAACCCGCGAAGAGAGACCAACGAGGAUCAACGACGUGGAUCAUCUGCAAGAUUGUCAACGACGGGCGGAUGUCUAUCUCGGGAACGAGCAACUGUUCCAGCCAAAAUAUCACUCAAUAAACGUCGAUAUUGGUAAAUUGGACUUGCGGCGCCAUCUCUGGAGUUCAAGGCUAACGACGGACCCAGAAAGGGGGAAGAGACGAGGAAUGCGACAUGUGCUAAUUUUUCCUUCUUCCACGUUUUUCCACUUGCCACGUGCGGAUGUAAUUUCGAUCCGGAGGAUUUUUGUUGGUUAUUUUUUUUUAAAAUUGUCUGAUUUUGAGAUUUAUUAGAACGACUAUCGUGAAAUUUCUCGCGUUUGAAAUCUAUUGUGUUUAGCUGCGAAUUUGUUUGCCAAAAAUUUAUUACGGCAUUACGACGAUAAUUGGCUGUCGCCAAUUAUUUAUUUAAUAGAAGCGAUCUAUUACGACGUUUUUUUGUUGGGUGAUCGCUGGUUGACGUGUGCAAGUGACGAACAAAAUCACCCCGUAUCUUUGCCGAGGAGGUUCAUUGUCCGAGAUAGUUCGACGUGGAAGCCGAGUACGACCUGGUGUGGCCAAUCGACGGACGGAAUUAAGCGACGUCUUCGACCAGGG